AGACAAAUUAAGGUUUGUCUCAGCUUUUGGGCUAGAAAUUAAAACGCAUACAGGUUUAAUAUCAAAUCAUUGUGGAUAAAUCUACUCAACAUUUUUAAAUUUAUCUCAAUACAUAACAAAAUCUAGUCUAUAAAUGGCACUGCCCUCCCUUUUUCUCUCCUCCCUCUCUACUCUCCUCCCUAAUCUACUUGCACACUAUCACACACACAAUCACUUGAAUUCGCGGUCUGCUUUGGCUCUGUGUGUAUUGACGAAAGCUAUGGCUGGACCCAGGCCUGUGGUGUUUAGCGGCCCGUCCGGGGCAGGGAAGAGCACCCUGCUGAAGAAGCUCAUGGAAGAAUACAACAGUGUCUUUGGCUUCAGCGUCUCCCAUACAACAAGAAAUCCUCGACCUGGAGAAGAGAAUGGCAAAGAUUACCAUUAUGUCACACGGGAGGUGAUGCAGGCAGCCAUUGACAACGGAGAAUUCAUUGAGAAUGCUGAGUUUUCAGGGAACAUGUAUGGGACGAGUAAAGCUGCCGUGCAAGCUGUCCAGGCCAAGAACCUCAUCUGUAUACUUGACAUAGACAUGCAGGGUGUGAGAAACAUCAAAAGGACAGACCUCAAUCCCAUCUACAUCUCUAUCCAGCCGCCCUCCAUGGCAGUCCUGGAAAAACGUUUGCGAGACAGGAAAACCGAGUCAGAGGAGAGCCUCCAGAAGCGUUUACGUGCAGCUCAGGUGGACAUGGAGUUUAGUAAAGAACCCGGUAUGUUUGAUGUCCUAAUUUUGAAUGAUAACUUGGAGGAUGCCUAUGGGCAGUUAAAACAUGCUCUUCUUGAGGAAAUCAGUAUGGUCAAGAAAGCCAACAUGCCUUCGUAGGAGACCGAAGUCUGAUACCUUCCAAGUGUCGUCCAGCCACUCCUCACAAAACCACAGACCUUUAUUUUAGUUGUGAACAUUCCCUCAGGUGGUGGUUUGUGAAGCUUAGCAAAUAUCCUUAAUGGAUUAACCAAAAUAUUGGUUUUAUAUGGUGUAUAGUGGUAGUUAUUACCAAAUACUAUCACAGAGUAAAGUAUAACUCUUUUUUUUUUUUUUUUUUUUUUUUAUCAAUAAGAAGGCUUUCCAUAUUUAUAUUUUCACUUUAAGCUACUCCAAUAAUGCUAACUUGAUAUGUUAAUGGAUUGAUAUGCAGGAUGUUCUGUUGGGCAGGGUUUACUGACAACACAUAUAAAUAAUGCUUGCAGCUUUGUAUGCGUACCAACCAGGACUAACACAAUCAGGGCGUAGCAUGACUCAUACUAUCCCAUGGAUAAACUUGUCUUUCAAGGUGUGUAAAAAGCUAGUUUUUCUUGAUUUUUGGCAACAAAAUAUGCUGUUUUUUGUGCCACCAGUCAUAUUGGGUUGAUUGGGAAAUAUAUUUUAACAGAGACAGACAGUUCAUUAGGGAACCCCAUCUAAAAUCUUAGCAAUACAACUGAUUUCUGG